AACCCUGAUAGAUGCAACCACCUUCGAGGAAAACUUUGCUAACAGAUGGGAUAACGAAACACAACUGUGCUAUGAGGUGGAGGUCUGGAAGCACGACGCUUGGGCCCCACUUGAGAAGUACCAGGGCUCCCUGUGCAACCAGGGAUCCAGACAUGCAGAGUUCUGCUUCCUUGAUCUGGUUUCUUUGUGGCCCCUGGAUAAGGGGAAGCAGUACAGACUCACCUGGUACAUCUCCUGGAGUCCCAGCUAUCACUGUGCCCAGAAACUGGUUAAAUUCCUGGGCGAGAAGAGCAACGUGAGGCUGCGCAUCUUCGCUGCUGGCAUCUCUGAGAUUGUCAGUAGAUUUGAGGAUGGGCUGCGCGACCUGCGGGACGCUGGGGCCGAACUUGCCAUCAUGACCCUCACAGAGUACGAGCACUGCUGGGACACCUUCGUGGACAACCAGGGCCAGCCGUUCCAUCCCUGGACUGAACUGGAAAAAAACAUAGGAGCCCAAUGUCAGAGGCUGGAGAACAUUCUCAGGAAUCAGGGAAACUGAAGGACGGACUCAAUCUCUCUAAACCGUCGGGUCUUCUGGUGAACGACGCAUAAAACACUUUCUUCAAGAAAUGAAAACGCAUCACGUGCCGCAUCCCAAACUUUAUCCGCAGAAACCAGCAAAAGGCAACAAAUGAGCUCAGAAGAAAUUUUUUAAAAAUCUGAUUGAUUUACUUUUCAUUUAAAAUCUAUGAUAUGUUCUAAAUACACACCAGUAAUAUUGUAUUCAUUA